AUGUCGAAAAGACAAGCAGAUUACGACUACGAUUCGUCUGACGACGACGAUGAAGAGAUCAGCAGCUACGAUGCUACUGCAGUCGAAGAGGCACCCAAGACCCCAGCCAACCAUCCCUCGUUUGCCAAAGCCAAGGAGAAGCACCGAGCGAUCAUACAGCUUCUGGAAGAGCCGCUCAAAGAAACCACAAGCACUAGCAGCAACGUCAACAAGCUUUCCAGCAUGAUUGAAGAACGUAGGGAAUGCUGCCCUAUGAUUGAAAUCCGUAUUACCGUUGCAGGUGGCAUGGGGUCCGGCAAAUCAAGCGUCAGCAAUGCCCUUAUCUCUGUGGGAUUACUGACUCCCACGGGCGAUAGUGGCUUGAGCGAGACGCUGGUCAUCCAUGAAUUCAGGAGGGUUCGGCCUGACCAGACACAACCUUUCAGGGCAGAGAUCGAAUACUACCGCGGUGCCGAGCUGGAGGAAAUUAUGGCUACUGAGUUCAAGCAAGCCUAUGCCGCCGUCGACCCGUCCGAAGAUAACGUUUCCGACUCUGAAGAUAUAGAUUUUGACGACUCCGAGAAGGACCACGAUGAGUAUGGGCACAUACAGGCUAUCUCCAAUCUUUUUUGCAACCGCCCCGAAUGCGCUUCUGUCGAGGCGACCAAAGAGUUUCUUCGCCAAGCUCACAGCGAGAACGACAAAGCAGCUAUCGCUCGCAUGGUACGUUGGUCCGAAGAAAUUAUCAGGAAUUACACGGAAAAGAGUGUUGGGAGCACUGUGGUCAUGGAGUCUGCAACCACAGCGGAUCUUCUCCAAGAGUUGCGAGGGUUCACUCACACCACCGUCAAAAAGGGUCAAGACUAUGGAUGCGAACGUGCUUGCUGGCCCAUUGUCAAAAAAAUCACAUUCUGUCUCGACACCCCUCUCCUCAACGACGGGAUUGUUCUGGUGGACACACCUGGCUUGAACGAUUGUGAUCCUACACGAGCUGCCAUGGUCAAGAAGGAGUUUGCGAGAAGCAUCUUCGUUCUUAUCAUAGCGCAGAUCAGUCGAGCAAUCAACGAUGAUACAGUCCUGCGAUAUUUGCGAAAGGGAUACUUCUCACACCGAAUCGGAAAAGUUAUCCCUGUUCUUACACACACCGACUCUCUCAGCCAGUUCCAAGGUUGGGGAAAUGCCAACGACGUUCAGAAAGACCGAUUGCAAGAAGCCGAAGAUGAAGUCGACCAGCUUGAGAAGGAGCUUGAACAGCUCCGUGCCAACAAAAGACAAAAAAUAGCAACGAGCGAGAUACCGUAUCGCGUUCAAAAAGAACAAUUGCUGCGAAAACUACAGGUAGCCAAAGCUCAGAAAGAUCGAUGUGGUAUCAUGAUUCGAAAUGAGUACGUCACCGAGACUUUGCAGAAUAAAUACAGGACAACAACCAGGGAUGUAACCCCCCUUCCUGUCUUCUGUGUGUCCACCUUGGUGUAUGAGAGUCACCGUGCUGGAUUCAAAAAAUCAAGCGUCCCGGUCCUAUCUGUGGCAGACACCCAAAUCCCUGCUCUUCGUCACUAUCUGCGACGCGCAACUGGAGAGAGACCUUUCAAUAUAGUCACGUUCCAUUACGAGAACACCUUGCCCUCAAUCAUCAGCAGCUUUGAGAUGUGGUGCUGCAAGGCUCACCUGAAUGGCAGCGAAAGGUUGGAGGCAAUUGUGACCGAUCUGAAGCCGAUAUGCUCGGCAGUCGUAAAAGAUUUCAUAGACAUGGUCAACAACGAGAUUAAGCGCAUACUGGAUGUCCUCAUACUCAAUGAGCAGACGCUGAAUGAGCAGAGCCAUGAUGUUUGCCAGGGAUGGGAAACCAUAAGUCCUCCAAAGUAUCGCAACCUGGUAAAGAAGAGGGGCUUCCGACUCAAAACCAAAGCGCUUCCCGGAUUAUACUGGAACGGAGACCUCAUCAAGAUAUCAAACCCCCUCAUACUGGCCAGAUGCCAGAGCCUGCUGGACAUGAUUAUCAAUUCGGAGAUUAACAUUGCCAUCGCUUUGGAAGAGCAUGUCAACCAAAUGAGUACCAGCGUCCGGGAAGAUCGGCAGUCGACUUUCGUGAAGCUCGAACCCUUCUCCCAUCUGGUUGACCUGAAGAAAACGGAGAUGAGAAAAACAGUCGCGGAAUCCUUCAGCUCACUCAAGGCCGAAUUCGAAGGUGUCAUUCACGAACUCACCUCGCCACACCCAGACGAAAGAGAUGCGUCAAUCACCUCGCGAUGCAUGGUUCCGAUAUACGAAUCAACUGAAGCUAUCAAGGGCAAAAAUUCUAAUGUACGCAAGCCUCAGCAUAUGAGGCGUCAACUUCGCAUAAUGGGAGGCCUGUGGUCGUCUGUCCAUGAAACAGCUCGUUCUGAAUUACAACAAGUCUUGGACAUGCACUGCACCGAGCUUUCCAGCAGUGUCCAGGCCAGCCUGCAGGAAAUCCAAAACAGCUUCGUCAACUGUUAUCGGGACAAGGAAGUCGAGCCAGAAGAGGAGAGAAAGAUGAGGGGGGAACUCACUCGUCGCGUACAACUUGCAAAGGAGAUACUGCCGCAGAUGGGAGAUGACAUUGAGAAAAGCAAGGAGAACGAACCCAAAAAAAGUCGACCCCACCGAAGCACUACGAACACGCCAGGAGCAGAAUGAGAUCUUGGUGAGGAAGAAUUAAACAUGUGUAAUACAUCUCGAUAAGAUCACGAACACAAAAUGCG